UGGCUGCGAUGGCAUCACAAUGAGGGCAGCUAGAAAAGGGCCAGCAGCAGCUGUGCCCCAGUGCUAGCUGGCCAGACCAUGGCUGCCCUGCUCUUCCUUGCCCUGGGGGCCCUAAUCCUCAGCCAGGGCCCACGGCCAGCGGGUGAUGGGCUGGAUGAGGAGACGCGCGUGCGCAUGCGGGAGCGAGAGGAGAUGCUGAAGAGGGAGAUGGCUCGGCUGCUGCGGGAGGUGGAGAGGCAGGAGAAGGCCCUGCAUCUGAGGAGCCAGCAGCAGAGCGGCUUUGUCUGGUGGGCCUUGCAGCAGUGGCAGUCCUGGGCCCUUGCUGCAGCCCUGCUCCUGCUCUGCGGGCGGCUCAGCAAGAGGCAGCCAGCCAGCAGCAGCAGCAAGGAGGGCAGCCCCAGCAAGAAGCCGCAGAAGAGGCUGGUGUGCAAAGCCUGGCAGAAGGUGCCUCUGGCCUCGCUGGACUCCCCUGCCGCGGUGCAGGACAUGCUGCGCAAACUUCUGGACACCUGCCAGAAACUGUACCACCGCACCUGUGUGCCACGGCUGGGGCGACCCAUCAUCCUGGACGCCCCAGAAGGCUGCAGCACAGGCAGCUGUGUCUACAAGGUGCUCAUUCCCCUCUCGGCACCCCACGGACAAGCCUUCCGCCUGGAGCAGACGCCCGUGGGCUUCUACAAAAUCGGGGUUUGGCAGCGCUGCGCCUGCAGACAGCGCCUGAUCUGCUUCCGCCACUCCCCUGAGGAAGAGCUGCAGAGGUUUGGGGCUGCCAGCAUCGCGGACUCCGACCUCUGCCGUGGCCCCUACCUGGAUCUGGAGAGAACCUACUUCUGGUUUCACAGGGUGCUGGCCGAGUGCUGGAAAUUAUUCCCGCAGUUCAGGCACUACGAGCCAGAGGUGCUGGCCUCCAAGCGCUCCUGCACGCUCCGCCUGACCUCCCCUUCCCAAAGUACUCUCCUCAUCGAGAUGACAUUUGGGUUGCAGAUGAAAGCGGGCGUCUUCAAGGACGUUCAUUAGGCAGAGCUGUAGCAGGACAGUCCAUCUCUCCAGCUGCCUGCCUCAGGUUCUCCCCAUCUAUCAACUGCUUUUUGCCUCUCGGUGUUACAGGCCCUCCCUCAUUCUCUUGGUUCGUUAGUUUGACAUCAAGCAAUGUUUCCUCAUUAAGUCUUAGAUGUAAGGUUUUAGGAUCCUUUUAAGCCAGUCAGCAGUGUUCUAGGUCUAGGAUAAGAGGUGUUACUAGGUUA